UCUAUUUUUAUUAGAGUAUACAGACCCAUUAAAAAAACGAGUUGUAUAAAGAGAUUACUACACCUUUGGUUUGGUUUCUCCGGCGCCAAUGUUUUCUAAACAAUAAUAUACAAAAUUAAAGGGAAAAAGAGGAAAUUUUUAUCUUCUUCAAUUUCCGACAAGAUUUAUAGGGUUUUAGCUUAACUACGAUGCAAAGAUGCUUCAUUUCUAGUGUUUGUGUUUUUUAGGGUUGGAUUUUGAUUUUAUGUCUGGGUUUUGGUUGAUUGAUUCCAUGGCUGACUGGCAACAGCUUUUGCAAUCGAUUUUCUUAGGUCUUAUAUUCUCUUAUCUUCUAGCGAAGCUAAUCUCCUUAGUCGUUUCUUUCAAAGACGAUAACCUUUCGAUAACCCGAGCCCGAAGCAGCAAUGUCCAGGGCUACGAGAAAAUCGACGAUUCGGGUUCCGGAUCCGAACCGAUUGGAAGUACUGAGCACUUGGGACUGCACAAGUCGGAUUCGGUAGUCGCAGAAUUGGGAAGUAUUAGGGCCGAGAGUGAUGGCGAUGGUGAUGGCGUGGAUGAUGACGACGACGACGAUUGGGAAGGGGUGGAGUGUACGGAACUGGAUGAUGCUUUCAGUGCGGCAACGGCGUUCGUGGCGGCUGCCGCGGCUGAUCGGUUGUCGCAGAAGGUUCCGAACGAGGUGCAGUUGCAGCUUUACGGUUUGUACAAGAUUGCCACCGAAGGGCCUUGCACUGCUCCGCAGCCUUCCGCUUUGAAAAUGACGGCUCGUGCUAAGUGGCAAGCAUGGCACAAAUUGGGUGCUAUGCCUCCAGAGGAUGCAAUGCAGAAAUACAUUGAUGUUGUGACAGAGCUAUAUCCAUCUUGGGCUGCUGGUUCAGCUAUGGGCAAAGGUGGGGCUGAUAAUGCUACAAGUAAAGAUGUCAAAGGACCAAUGGGACCGGUUUUCAGCUCUUUUGUGUAUGAAGAGGAAUCUGAAAAUGAUUUGAAAAUGGAUGCUAUCCACACUUUUGCCAGAGAAGGAGAUCUGGAUAAUUUGCUUAAAAGCAUUGAAAGUGGUGUUUCUGUGCAUUUGCAAGACAGUGAAGGGAGGACCCCGAUGCAUUGGGCUGUAGAUCGUGGCCAUCUUAAAAUUGCCGAAGCACUUCUUAGCAGGAAUGCUAAUGUGAAUGCUAAGGACAAUGAAGGUCAAACCCCAUUGCACUAUGCUGUUAUGUGUGAGAGGGAAGACAUUGCCAAAUUUCUUGUAAAACAAAAUGCAGACAAAGAUACGAAGGAUAACGACGGCAACUCUCCAGUCGACCUGUGUGACUCAGGUUGGCCUUGGUUGCAACGUGCAGGCAAAGUGGAAUGACCUUUGUUUUAUUCCCAAGUUUGGUUUCAGUUAAAAAGUACUUGAAAAAAUUUCUCAUGGAUGUAUAUGGGUAUAAGCAACCUUUUGCACUUCUUUCCUUAGUUAUAUGCUAAUGUGGGGUACUCUGAUGUUCAUUGGCCUCACCUCCUUAAGUACUGCUUUCUUUACCACCAUAAGUAGAUGGAAAAGAAUUGGAAGGUGGCUUUAGCCGGUGAAAUGGAAUUCUGAUACCAUCAUUUGUUUGGAUAGAGUCUAGAGGUAUGUAGCCGGACAUGGCCAGAGAAGUUGGAUGCUACUCUUCAAAGGGAUCCAAUGCGGGCAGUGCAGUGAACCUAAUUAGUUGUUUGAUCUGAUGGUAGAUAUGAUAAACCGUAGAUUCCAUCACCCUAAAUCUGUUCCCAUCAAACGGAGGCUCCGUCACCCUAAAAACUGAUGUAAUUUCACAAUAUAAACGGGCAAACUGCUUAAGAUUACUUAUCCUGCUUCACUAAAAAGUUUCUACUGCCUGAUGAAGAUGUCAUGAUCAAAACUUUGCCUCUUAUCUUUAUAAAGAUUAUAUCAUGAUUUGGUCUAAAA